AUGGCAGAGGCCAUGUUUGCUCAGCAAAUUGCAGGAAUGGUCGCCGAACUUGGCGACCUUCGAAAAAGCGACGCGGCACAAAAGAACGAGAUAGAGAAUCUCCGAGCCCAGAAUGACUUCCACGCCAACGAAGCUCAGAUGCUCAGAGACCUUCGCAUUCUCUACGAAGCCAAGCUCGAACAGAAAGACUCUGAGAUUUUGGGCCUGCAUGUCCUCCUCGACAAGGUGAAGGUCGAUGCGGGUAUUUAUAGGGACGAUCUGAGCGAGUUGCGUAAGCAGCUCAAGGACUUGCAAGCCAAAUAUGAGUCAAGUCAGAAACAAGUUUGCGCUUCUGAGGCAAAGCUUACCCGUCGCAAUUUCCAAGUUGCCAAUCUGAUUUGCGCCCUGCGUCGCAAAGUGUCUGCCAACCGUAUUUCCGUCGUUGCUCUUCGCGCUGCGUACAAGAUUAUUCCAAGCUUGGAGCAGAAAGCUCAGUGUAAGAGGAUUCUGUCUAUGGCGAGAAAGCUUCCGCACAAGGCUGGUAUUGAGAGCGAGAUUAAGGAGUGUCUGGGGGACGCUGGGCUCUUGAUCUCGUUUGACAAGAAUGGCGCCAUGGUGUUGAGGCAAUCUGUUGAGGUUGUCAAAGUACCCGUUGAUGGUUCUAAAGAGCUUGAUGAAAGCAUCAUCAUCGUCGAGAAGGAUGCUGACAACAAUGGCGACUACGCUUGCGAUCAGCAUUCUCAACAGAAUGUCAAGAAAGAUGAAGACGUUCAGAUGUCUGUUUAA